CAGAAGUGAGAAAAUUGAUAUUUUCCUUACUGGAUUUUUGUUGUUGUUGCUGUUCCUUUAAGAAUUCAACGAAAAGAAAAUUAAGGACGCCACGAUAGUUUAAGUAUAAUAACAGCUACUAGAAAGCUCUUGAGAGAAAAUGGCAUUAAGAGCGAAAGCCCCUAAGCGCCAAGCGCCAGAAUGGCAUUCUUCAUCAGGAAGUGGCUAAUUUAGAUCUCGUGUCCGUCUUAACCCCAAAAGGUCAGGUCAUCUUAGCUGCUCCAAAAAUGCGCCGUGCGUGGGCAGAUUGCACGGAUCUGCAGUUUCCGCUGUAGGGUUUAAAAGUACGGACUCGUGGAACAGGUCUAGCUCAUUGAGAGAAAGUUGAGAGAAAGAAAGACAACAAGGAGAAGAGAACAUUGUUAACAGUUAAUCAGCGCAAAAAGUCAAGCAAAGAGAAAUCCGCUGACUUCAGAGGCAAAAAAAGAAGUUUCCUAAAGCAAGUCUUGUAAAGGCUGACGAAUACAAGGCUGUUAAAAGUACGGAGAGAACCAAGAUUGAAGCUAGGAUUUUCAGAGAAAUAAAAAGACACUGGACAAGACAACUGAUAAAAAUCCUAUUUUCAAAAAUUCCGUUGGUGUACAAGCACUUCAUUGCUAAGAUAUUUGACAUUCAAACAACUGGAGCCUAUUACGAAGAGUACGAAAAAAAUACUCUAAGAAGCUAUAAAGCUGACAAAGCUCAAAACCAAGAUAACCAAGAACAACUCAAAGAGCCAUCCAAUCCAAUUCCACGGGAUGAUCUAUCCGCUACCAAUGACUAUAGUCCUAGCCGUGCUAGGAGGACUCAUCACCAUCGAGAAUCUCUUCGUUUGUUCCCUCGUGCUGAGAUACAAGCAGUUACGAAGUCACACAAAUGGGUUCGUAUUCUCGCUAGCGCUAGCUGACCUCGCCUACGGAUCUCUGGUUAUUCCAGUCCAUCUCGCAAUCCCGCCAAAACUCCUCCAUAAUUACCUUCUGGCGCUCGUGCUGAUGGCGAACAUCUCCACCUUGCUUGCCGUGACUCUGGACCGCUUCGUCGCCGUGCGCCACCUUCUGCUCUACACUACCUUUAUGAGGAAGUACUUCUGGGUUAUCGUCGGCGUUUCCUGGGCUUUCCCGAUAGCGGCGUCGCUUCUACCGCUUAUUUGGGACUCAGACGCGACGCAUUUUGCGCACGAGAUCUAUAUCUAUUGUAUCUUAGCGGUAGGAAUUCUCCUGCCGUAUCUACUCAUCCUAGCCGCGUAUAUCGCGAUUUUCCACACCGUCCGCCGCCACGCGCGUUUUCUAACGCAAUUUCCCGUAACCGCCGACAACAAAGAAGCGCACGAGGAAGGACGUCGCGUUUGCGCCGAAGCGCGCGUCGCCCGUAUUUUCGCCGUAGUCGCGGCGAUCUUUGUCAUCAGUUGGCUGCCUGUAGUUUACAUGACGUUUGUGGGUAAUAUGGAUCGACUUGAUCUGAUCCCGAGGUGGUUAACAACGGUUUCAUGGCUGACUCUCUCGGUUGGCUCGCUCGUCAAUGCGCCUAUCUACGCUUUCAUGAAAAGAGACUUCCGUGACGUCAUCAGCAAAUUCGCACUCUCCACGCGCGCCAUCGUAUCGCGAAAAAGAGAGGAAAAGGAGGCGGAGAUGGAGAUUGGCACGUUUCACGUGACUGUUGUCGCAGAAGAGUGACAAUUAUACACAUUCUAGCUUUGGGAUAUGGGGGCAAGAGAUUGUGAGAAAAUGGCAUAGAGUGAAAUAAUUAAACAGUGCAACAUCCUUGUUCACUCCAUAUAAAGAGGAUUUUUCUGACUUACUCUAUAUUUAAAGGUUUUCGUAAACGUGCUGUUAACUCCAACCAAGUCUAAGAAACAGAUGGGGAGUAGGGACUACCUUUACGUGAUACAGAUUAUAUAUACAUAGGAUCUAUAUUGCUUAUAUUUCAAGGUUUUAGUAAACGCGUCGUCUUCAUCCGCUUUAUUGGAGAUGAACAUACCAAAAUAUUGUACCAAUAUGGCAGGGUUGUUAUUUAUUCCGCAUAAUUUCAAUGUUUCCGAGCUUCCUUAAGUAAGACUUAAAUCACUCAGUUCCCAUGUAAGUGCCCCUUCUAGAUAUUCACAGACUAAUGUAAGCAGGAUUUUGUAGAUCCUAUUACACUUGCUAAUCUCGUGUGCAAACUUAUUGUAUCAAACAUACGCGUGUGUUAUAGUGUGUGUGGUAAUAUUGUGUGAAGAGCUCAACUUGCCUGGAUAAAGAGAUUUUUCAUAAGCUUUCUUUUAACUAUGAAUACUGGGUAGAAAAGUUAGUAAUUACCUGUUUGAAGAACAUUUCUAUUCAAAUAGUGCAUCUCUUUUACUUAUCCGAUGGUUAUAGGAAAAUGGACUUCAUGUCUUAUAGAUAAAGAAACUUUAUAGAUGAAUAAACUACUGAUAUCAAUACUCGAUACUUUUAGUGUUUAAAAAUGUUUAACGUAUAUCUCAGAUAUUUUUUAUUGAGACAAAUAAAGAGUGAUCUUAAAUCAA